GUAUUAGACGACCUUUACCCCCCGACAGACAGGGGAAACUUUGGACAUUUCACACGUCGUUUUCGUACUGCAUCUCUUCCAACGUAAACGGCUUAGAUCUGUAGAUUGUAUUGUUUCUGCUGCGAGGUUUGACCAGACCUCAAUUGUUCUCUGAAGAUGUCGAAAUUACGAUGGAAGCCAUUAGAGGCCAACCCGGAUGUAAUGAAUAGCUAUUCGAAAGAAAUUGGCCUUUCGCCGGACUGGGAAUUUGUUGACGUUUAUGGAUUAGAUCGCGAUUCACUGUUAUAUCUUCCGCAACCUUGUUGUGCUUUCAUAUUACUUUUUCCGAUAACCGAAAAAUAUGAGAUUUUUUGCAAAGAAGAAAAAGAGAAACAGAAAGACUUACAGAACUCAAGUGUAUCGGUAUACUUUAUGAAGCAAACUAUAGGAAAUGCUUGUGGAACUAUCGGUUUGCUUCACAGUUUUGGAAACAAUCAAUACAGGGAAGAUUUUGUCAAAGAAGGAUCUAUUCUGAAAUCAUUGUUAGACGCUUCCAGUAAUCUAAGUCCGGAAGAAAAGGGAAAACUCCUUGAAAGCAAUGAGGAUAUGUGUAAAGCUCAUCAGAAGAGUGCAAGCGAGGGACAGUCAAGAGAAAUCAGUGCAGAUGAGGAAGUAAAUUUGCAUUUUGUUGCAAUUGUUCGUGUUGGUACCACAAUUUAUGAGUUUGAUGGCAGAAAACCUUUCCCUAUUGAUCAUGGUAAAUGUAAUGAAGAAAGUGAUUUCGUUCAUUGUGCUGCUGGAGUUUGUCUGAAGUUUAUGGCACGGGACCCAGAUGAAGCUAGAUUUACAAUUGUUGCUCUAUGUGCCAAACAAACAUAACAAUAUAAUAUGUCCUCUUCGCAUUAGAGUGUCAAAUAGUAAAUCAAACUGAUUCAAAACCUUUGAAGCUGUUGAAUGUUACACAGGGUUCCUCAGACAAUGUAGAAAAUAUUAUCACCCAUGUAGAUUUUGUAUGAAUUGGCAUAAAUUCAGCUUUGUUGCUGUAAUCCAGCAGCCGACAAGAAAGAUAGCCUAUAGCUAGUUUUUUGCAAUUGUUGACAUGUAAAAUCAAACUGUUCAAAUCAAGCACUGUUCAUACAAAUUUUGUGUUACCUGUAUCCCAAUAAUAAGGCCAUUGUCCAAAUGAGUUUACUUUAAAUGUUAACAUAUGACUAAUAAUGAUGCAUGUUAUUAUUUUCUGCUGAACCGGUAGUUUACUGUUCCUUUUUGAAUAGUUUAAAUGCACCCAACUUUAUACUGUUAUGUUAUACCAUCCUGUUAACAUUAUUUCAAUUCAAUCGUUAUACCCUCUAAUUAAAGUUCAAUUCUUCGGAGUCAUUUUUUAUUUAAAGGUAUUUUUGCUUCAGA